CGUCUGCACUGUUGGCAGGAGUGACCAGAAUAAAAACAGCAACACCAGACAUAGAGGAGGAAAAAAAGCAAAGUGAUCCAUUGAACCAGAGUCUUUGCCCUCUCUUAAUUACGUCGAGUCUCAUAUCUUUUCCCUUUUUUCACCUUUUUCCCCUCUCUUUAAGACUCCGGGCUCGUGGUAAUUAGCUAGGAGAGAAUAAAACCAGCUGAUCGGGAGAGGGGUGGUGCAUUUUGGAGCGAGAUGGCUAACAGAAACAUUCUGUUGCUCGUCUGUGGACUCUUCCUCUUAGCACUGAUUCAGCCCUCUCUUCAAGGAGGUGUGUAUGUACCACCUGGUGCUGGGAUUGGACCAGGAGGUGUUGGGAUUGGACCAGGAGGCAUUGGAACAGGAACUGGAUUCUUUCCAGGGUCUGCUGGAGGAGUCCCCGCAGGCUAUAAACCAGCUAAAGCUGCAGUAGGAGGUUAUGGAGGUGGAGGCCUUGGUGUGGGCACAGGUGGUUUGGUGCCGGGAGGUGUUGGGCCUGGUGGCUUGGGCAUCGCAGGACAAGGUGGAAAGCCCCCUAAACCAGGUUAUGGCAAUCUAGGAGUCAGUGGUCUUGGAGGUGGUGGUCUUGGAGGAGGUGGUUAUGGUGGAUAUGGUGUAGGCCCUGGGGGAUUUUUCCCAGGAGGUGCACAAAAGGCUGCCAAAAGAGGUGCAGGAGGCCCUCUGCUCCCACAAGGAGGGGCUGGAGGAGGUCCUGGAGGUGCAGGAACUGGAGCUGGAGUCCCAGCUGGAGUACCUGUUAUUCCUCAAACAGGCCUUCCAGGAGGGACUGCUGCUGUUGGUGGUGCAGGAAAGAAGGCUUCCAAAGUGCCAGGUGUGGGCGUGCCUGGACUUUACCAAGGUGGACUCGUGUCAGGAAAAGGGUUUGGUGGACGUGGAGUUCUGCCUGGGGUGCCCACUGGCACCGACCUGAAUCAAAAAUCAAUUGGAGUUGGAGGACAAGGGGGAGGUCAAGGACUAGGCCGUGGACAGAUACACCCGGGAGUGUUCCAUGGAUACCCGCUCAAAUCACCCAAAGUGCCAGGUGGCUAUGCAGCAAAAGCUGGAGGUGGCAAACUUCCCUUUGGCUAUGGUGGCUUCGGCACUGGCGGAGCUGGACUGCCAGGAGGAAAAGGUGGCCCUGGUUCAAGACCUGGAUAUCCUAUUGGAACUGGAGUGGGGCCUGGGGGCAUCUCACCUGCUCAGGCUAAAGCUGCCAAAUAUGGUUUGGGUGGCACUGGAGGUGUUGGAGGUGUUGGAGGUGUUGGUGGCGUUGGCGGCGUUGGUGGAUUGUAUCCAGGGCAGGUGCCAGGAGGAUAUGGAGCUGCAUCCAAGGCUGCUAAAUAUGGUGGGGUACCAGGAGGAGUACCAGGAGGAGUACCAGGUGGGGUACCAGGAGGAGUACCAGGAGGAGUACCAGGUGGGGUACCAGGAGGUGCACCCAUUGGAGUACCAGGAGGAGGAUACUCAGCAGCAGCCAAAGCUGCAAAAUAUGGACUGGGCGGAACAGGACUGGGCGGAGUAGGAGGACUGGGCGGAGUAGGAGGACUGGGCGGAGUAGGAGGACUGGGCGGAGUAGGAGGACUGGGAGCUGCCAAAGCUGCUAAAUAUGGAGUAGGGGGACUGGGAGGCACAGGAGGACUUGGAGGCACAGCAGGACUAGGUGGAACAGGAGGACUAGGUGGGACAGGAGGACUGGGAGGUGGAGGGUACUCUGCUGCUGCUAAAGCUGCUAAAUAUGGUGGUGGUGGUGCUGGUGGUGGUGUGGGUGGGGCAGGAAUUCCUGGAAGAGUCCCAUUUUUACCAGGAUAUGGAUCUUUGGCAGCUGGUGCCAAACCUCCAUAUGGAGCAGGCCAAGGAGGAGUUCCAGUGGGAGCAGGACAGAUACCUGGUGGCGGCCUUGGUGGUUAUGGAGCUGGUGCUGGAGUCAAACCCCCGAAGUAUGGAGUAGCAGGAGGAGUCGGAACAGGUUUAGGAGUCGGAGGAUAUGCAGGGACAGGAGGAACAGGAGGAGUAAUACCAGGAGUAGGAGUAGGAGGUGGACAAUACUCUGCUGCCGCAAAAGCUGCUAAAUACGGAGUUGCAGGAGGAGCUGGUGGAGGACCAGGGGGGGCAGGAGGAGUUGUACCAGGAGGUGGACAAUACUCUGCUGCUGCAAAAGCUGCUAAAUACGGUGCUACAGGAGGAGCAGGAUUAGGAGCAGGAGGACUGGGAGGGACAGGAGCAGCUGGAGGAGUUCCUGGUGGUGUACCUGGAGGGAUUGGGGCACAAGGAUAUCCAGGUGGUGUGAAACCACCUAAAUAUGGAGGCAUCACUGGAGUAGGACUUGGCGUGCCAGGAGCUACUCCAGGUACAGCUGUCGGUGGUGUCCCUGACGGUUCUGUUGUUGUGUUGCCAGGUGGUACAGGUGUUCCUGGAAAACCAGCGAAGGAUCUAGUUCCUGUUGGAACUCCUGGACCAGGGCCCACAGCUAUUGCCGCAACUGGCAAGGCCCCAGAGGUCCCGCAGCCCAUUGCUGGUGGAAUUAUUCAGCCUAGUGCUGGCACAGGUGUUGGGGGAGUGGGUGUCGGACAGCCUCCUGGUGUUGGUGCAACAGGCCAAGGUCUGCCUGUCGCAACUGGAGUCCAACAGCCUGGAGGUGUUGGUGCUGGCGUAGGUGUCAAACCUCCCAAACCAUUUGCACCAGGUGCUGGAGGUGUACUUCCCUAUGGUGGAACUUAUGGUGGUGUGCCUUAUGGAGUGGGUGGUACCGGCACUGGAGUUGUAACUGGACCCGGAACUCUGCCUGGAGCGAAGCCUUUGAAACCACCAGCUGUGGGUGGAACAGGAGGUGGAGUAGGAAUCCCACUGGCAGCAGGAGGUUAUCAAGGGGGAUACAGUCCAUAUCAUCAUGGUUAUGGACUGGGUGGGUUGACGUAUCCCUCUGCAGUUGGACUGGGAGGUGCUGGGGCUAAAGCACCCAGACCAGGCUAUGGCAAUCUUGGAGGUGGUGGCGGUGGAUAUCAGCCAGGUGCGGUUCCUGUAGUUCCUGGUUAUGGAGGAGGUUUCCCCCAGCAGUUCUACCCAGGUGGAUAUGUACCAGCCCCGCUGACUCCUCAACAAGCCAAAGCAGCCAAGUACGGUGCACUGCAGGGCUUCCUUGGUGGUGCAGGAGGAGGCGGAGGAGGAGCCUACAGAGGUGGAGUUGCAGGAUGCCAGGGCAAAUACUGCGGGAGGAGGAAGUAAAGAAGAGGAUCUCUUGAGAUCCAGCGUGACCUCAAGAAACUAUGGUGCUACUGCAUGAUCGAGAAUGUACAUUUUAUAUGCAAACAAAGCCCCAUUAGACAAUGUGUAAAGAUGUUUUUUUUUUUUUUUACCUACUUGACUUCAACGUCUGUUUUUAUACAAACCCACCGACCCAGAGUUUUGUAAACGUUCUGAUGUGACGUAUGUUAUUGAUAAGUGCCUUUAAUCAUUAAUGUGGUCAAGUUAAUCAGCUUUAACUCCCCGUACUGCACCAGCCUACUUAAAGACAAAGAGUGUGUUUGUGUUAGCAUGUGUUGCAGUGUGUGUGUGUGGGUGUUGUUUUGGCAUAUGUUUGUACUGUUGUGCGAAAGACUGUCUGAACCAUCGGCCGCCGAUGUGACCUAUGAAUGAUUUUCCCUCUGUUUUUAAUCCUAAAGCGAGGUGAUCUGUCCUUAGUGUUACAGCCCACACUGUCACACCUCGCUGUGCAAGAGGAGGACAUGUCAGAGAGGGGCUGGGUUUGGUCGAGGCUCGUCCAAAAAAACAACAAAAUCUGGCCAGUCUCAGCAUCGUUUCUGGCUCCCCGUCUUCCUUGCUGCUAUUUUUAGGCCUGCUGGGUAUAAAGCAACGGGGAAUCGGGGCUCCGGCCAACCCAUCUGCUCUCAGUAACUUUGCUGAUUCUUGUUGCUAUGCAGUCCAGUUUUCUCAGCAUUUUUAUUGUUGCCAAACUUGUGAUGUAUGAAGAGCAGCUCCUGCUCUGAGGAACGGUAUGCUGAAGAUAAUCCAAAAACGUUUGAUUCAUUAUAGGAUGUUUAAAAACCACAAGAAAGCAGUGCCUUUUAGUUCCAAGUAAAUCAUUCAGAUACUUCUCUGGCAUGUACAUUAUGUAUGUAUGAAUGUUUAAUUAUGUGUCACUGUCCUAAAGUCUGGAUGGAGCGCUUUAGCCCACUUCAAAUGUUUAGUCUUACUUCAGCAGUUAUUUACAUUUAUGUAACUUGUCAUUACAUGAGUAUUCAAGAUUUUUUUUUUUUUUUUUUUUUGCACCAUGCUUUGACUCAUAGCUUUAUUGUUAUCAGGAAUGUGAGAACAUAAAUCAAGAACAAUCCUUUGCUUUUGCAUUUAUUCACUGUUAAGAAUUGUAAUACAGAAUAAGACUUUGUUCAAUGGGAGAGCCUACAGUAUGUGUUAAUGUGAGGCACGAGCUCCUAUUGUUCUUCAUUUACUUGAGCUGCUUAAAAAAAAAAGGCUUUACUGACCAAAGGUUCAUGAGCGCUGUUGCCAAGUGACCCCAUCUCUUUCUGUAAUUGUGUACUGUAUUUUGUACUAAUUUGAUGUUAGCCUGGCUUCAGUUCCUUCACUCGGUGCUGUGUAAGAACUGUCUUUGAGCCUCGCUGGGUCAGACCUUGUCUUAUGUGCCGUGGGAUGCUCUUCAUCUUUAUUUAAAACUGUUUUUAUAAGGAGGAACAGUGUGGUUUUGCACUUUUUAUAUUUCCACGACACACAUGUGACUUGUUCCCGGAUAUCCCGGCAUUUUAUUUGCUUCAUUAAAUAACAAAAUAAAAUGUGUUUAAAGAU